CCGGACUCCCGGGAGCGGAUAGCCGAGCCAGGCAAGCUGACCGCCACCGUCUACUGGGACCCUCCCCGUGUGAAGGACUCUGCUGACGGCGUCAUCAAGAGGGUGAUGCUGCGGGGCCCAGAGCCUGGCUCCGAAUUCCCCGAGGGAGAGCACGUGAUCCGCUACACCGCCUACGACCAGGCGUACAACCGAGCCAGCUGCAAGUUCAGCAUCCGCGUCCAAGUGAGGCGCUGCCCCGUCCUGAAGCCUCCGCAGAACGGAUACCUCUCCUGCACCUCCGACGGCAACAACUACGGUGCCACCUGCGAGUACCUGUGUGAGGGGGGCUCCGAGGGCCAGGGACCAUCCCUGAGGGACUGNCACCUCCCCACACGCUGGCCUCUCGCCCCAGCCAUGCAGAUCAACACAGACGUGAACUCAGCAGCCAGCCUGCUGGAUCAGUUCCACGAGAAGCGCCGUCUCCUCAUCAUCUCGGCCCCUGACCCCUCUAACCGCCACUACAAGAUGCAGAUCUCCAUGCUGCAG